AUGACCGCAACCUUGAGCUCCUACAGAACCACCUACCAUGAGGACUCGGACGCCGACGACGAGUACGAGCGCAGCGUCAUAACCUCGCCCAUGCUUCGUCCGGACUCGUACGAAACCAGCCCGACAGACUCGGAGCCGCCCACGGCCCAACACACGCCGACCACCUACACCCACUCGGCCGACAGCUACGCUAGUCCGACGGGCUUGGUGACCAAAUGGACCCCCGAAGAGUGCGCGGAUUGGGUGUCGAGCUUGGGGCUGGGACAGUAUGCGGACAACUUCAUCGAGGAGGGCAUAAACGGCGAAGCUCUGGUGGAACUGCAACAUGCGGAACUCAAAGAAAUGGGCAUGGGCAGUGUAGGCCACCGUCUCACAAUACUGAAGAGCGUGUACGACUUGAAGCUCAAGCAGAGCAUCCCGAUAAAAGAGGACGAUUAUGUGCCCUUGUCCGCCGAGAAAGCGACGCAAGAUACCGCGCCCACUCAAGACGAUUUCGCCCGCAUCAUCCAGAUCAUCAAAGACCGGGACGAUCGCCUGCAUGCCUAUGAAGCUGACAUGCGGCGUAUGCGCGAGGAUUUUGUUCGGAUGACGGAGGAGAACAAGAAGCUGCGAGAGGACGUUCUACCAGUGGUACGUCUGGCCAAGGAUCGAUCGCAACCGCUACCCACUCCCGACGCCCACGAUAUCACUUCGCCGCCAUCGCAAGACCGCCCCGGCAGCAGCCUUUCCCGUAAGUACUCCACGAAGAAGCUUUUUCUGGGUUCUGCUCCCAAGAACCCCUCGCCAACCAUCCACGAAGGCCGCACCCUCACCGACACCGCCUCUCUCGACCCGUCCGCGGCAGCCAUGGCCGCAUCGUCUCAUCUCACAGCUUCGAUAAGCGGCGGCUCACACUCAACCUCUCAACCAGCAAGUUCGCCACAUCACAUUCCGCAACCGUCUCCAACGUCCCCCGCAUACAGCACGCAAACCAUGUCCCGUGCCCGCUCGCAUGCCAACGACCACAGAGGCUCGACAAUCGACGGGAACUGGUCGUCCUCGGCGAGUACUCUCCAAGGCGACCGGGACACAUUACGUAGCGGAGCUUCUCGCCGCGAUCGCGAUCGUGACCGCGAUUUUGACCCGCCUCUCUCUGCCGGCCGCCAUGCCGCCGAUAAUGCCUCGCUCGCAAGCAACUCGACCUCCGCAAAUAAUUCCGGCUCAUCGAAUCCACAAGUGGAAAUCUUCAAAAGUUUCCGCGUUAGCAUCGACGACCCGUGCCAUAAAGUCCUUCCAGUUGCGCUCAAAAAAUACAACAUCACGGCAGACUGGCGGCAAUAUGCGCUGUAUAUCGUUCAUGGUGACCAAGAGCGCUGCCUGGGUUUGAACGAAAAACCAUUGAUACUGUUCAAACAACUAGACCGCGAGGGUAGGAAGCCAAUGUUCAUGCUGAGGAAACACGCUGCGCCAGCAGAAGGUCACAUCAGUACGAUCGGCGGUGGUGGGGGUACAUAUACGGGGCAGGGCGGAACGACACUGCCUGUCCCCGGAGGCGUGCUGUGA